GCACACAGCCUUGGAACUGCACAAUGCUGUAGAGGACAGUUGUGCUAGACACUUCAGUCAAGAUGGAGUCUGGGAAGGACCUCACAGGAACUCUGGCACUAGCGGUGUUCACUGCAGCACUGGGAUCUCUGCAGUACGGAUAUAGCCUGGGAGUCAUCAAUGCCCCUCAAAAGGUCAUUGAAAGGCACUAUGCUCGUGCUCUUGGGGUCGUGCCUGAAGACUGGGAUCAUUCGGAUUCUUACAAUAGCACAGAGACAACGAAAACCCAUUCCUCUGUGGUUAUGUACUGGUCUCUGUCUGUAGCAAUCUUUUCGGUCGGAGGUGUGCUCUCUUCUUUCCUGGUUGGAUUUGUCGCUGAUGUACGAGGAAGGGUUAAAGGCAUGCUGGCAGUGAAUGUGUUGGCAGUGACUGCAGGUCUACUCAUGGGCCUUGCUAAGAUGAGCCAGCCUCACAUCAUGGUGAUUGCAGGGCGGGCCAUCAUGGGAUUUUACUGUGGACUCUCAUCAGGGCUGGUGCCCAUGUAUAUUGGGGAGAUUUCCCCUGUGAAGUACAGAGGAGCCCUGGGAACACUGCAUCAGCUGGCUAUAGUAGUAGGGAUCCUAAUCAGUCAGGUCAUUGGUUUGGACUUCUUAUUGGGCAAUGAUGACAUGUGGCCUUUACUAUUGGGUCUCUCUGGGGCUCCGGCUAUUCUUCAGAGCGUAUUACUUCCCCUGUGUCCAGAAAGUCCACGCUACCUCUACAUUAAACUUGGCAAGGAAGAUGAAGCAUGCAAAAGUCUUAAAAGACUCAAGGGUGAAUAUGACCCAUCUAAAGACCUUGCUGAGAUGAAAGCAGAGAAGGAAGAGGUUAUGAGGGAAGCAAGAGUGUCCAUCCCAGUGCUAGUGCGCUCUUCAGUGUACCGCCAGCAGCUCUUUGUGGCUCUGAUGAUGCAUCUAUCACAGCAGUUCUCAGGGAUCAAUGCUAUAUUUUAUUACUCUACAAGUAUCUUCCAUAAAGCUGGUGUCACUCAGCCUGUCUAUGCUACCAUUGGAGUAGGAGUUGUAAACACCAUUUUCACCAUGGUAUCGGUGGUUUUGGUGGACAAGGCUGGGCGACGCACAUUAACAUUGGUUGGAUUAGGUGGAAUGUGUUGCUGUGCUGUGAUGAUGACUGUUGGAUUAUCUUUACUUGAUACAUACUCUUGGAUGAGCUACUUGAGUAUGGCAGCCAUAUUCCUGUUUGUGUGCUUCUUUGAGAUUGGGCCAGGACCAAUCCCAUGGUUCAUUGUGGCUGAGAUCUUCAGUCAAGGGCCUCGUCCAGCUGCUAUUGCACUGGCUGGUUGUUGUAACUGGACCAGCAACUUCGUUAUCGGCAUGUUUUUCCCAUAUAUUGAGGACUGUUUAGGAAAUUACGUAUUCAUCCUCUUCGCGGUGCUGCUGUUUGGAUUCACUGUUUUCAUAUACUUCCGUGUUCCUGAGACCAAAGGGAAGACCUUUGAUGAGAUUUCGGCCGUGUUCCAGCGUAAGCGACGAGGUGCCACGCCCUCUGGGUCCAAGCCAGCAGAAACAGAGAUGGAGCAGCUGAAGAAGUCUGUGGAGGCCUGACUGAGGUCAUAGUGAACUUGUACAAGCAACAGGACGACUGGGACUGCUGCGCCUCCUUUAGAGCUUUCCUUUUUUUUCUGUCUAACUUCUUUGUAUGAGCAGCUAUGAUGAAAAAAUCUCUUAAUACAUUUUAUAGUCACAAUGAAAUGUGCUGAAAUAGGCUGAACAGAUGAGUAUCUUCAUGAUAGUUAGAGUUUGUUGCUAUUGGACUGUGGGCUGAGUUUUUUUUUUAGUGUAAAAAAACUCCCACACAGCAGUGAAGUGAGGUAUUAUUCAUUGUUUAACGAAAUCAAGAUUUAUAUGCAUGUUACCUGACACACUUAGUGAUGUAUAGAGUAUAGAGUACAGAGUCCUUCAUGGAUCAGUAUCCAUGAAGGACCUAAGAGUGCCAAAAUAAAAUGGAAAACUGAUUAAAUAUAAAACUUAAAAACAAUUUUAAAAAAACAGUCUGUAGUAAAUACAAUAGUAAAAUUAUAAGUCCAAAUAUAGAGCAUAUAUGUAUGUAUGUGGGUCUACUUGUAUUCUUUUUUUUAAAUUUAUUUAUAUGCUGUUUUUAAAUUUCUGUUAAUCUUUCCUGUAAUAUGCAUGUGAAAAAAUACGGGUUUCCAGUUCCUACAAGUGAAGUAAGACUUGUCAAUCAAGUUGUGGCCAUUGAUAAGGAUUCUUAAACAACAACUUCAUGAAAGUGCAUGUUAAUUAUGUGAAAAUGAAAGACAAAUGAUUCAGAGCAUGCCUGCAUAAAUACAUGCAUACAUGCAGUUGAACUUAAGCUCCAAAUGAUUCAUUUCUGGAUGUGUUUAUGAAUCUUUUAUUUACAAUUCAUUCUUUAUUUACAUAUUUAUUUUGGCACUCUGACUAAACCACAUGUAAUGUAUGCUAGUAAUAUGCUAGCUAUGCUUUUGUGUAAACCUACUAUUUGGCAAAACAUUUGGUAAGGGGAAAGGCAGAUAAUGUAUAAAGAAUGGAGUGUGCAACCGUUACAGGCUAUUUAUGACGAUUUCCAUGCAUUUUGACUGAUACUUGACUCAUGUUUCCAUGUAUUGUGACUAAGACUGGACUCACAUUUCCAUGCAUUUUUACUGAAGUCUAAAGUUUGAUCAUCGGCUACAUCUCAUUAUAUGACUGUUUUUAUAUAUAUACACAUGCAGAGAUAACGAUAAAAUAAAAGAGUAGAUAACAAUACUAUAACUUGCUUUCAUAAUUAUAAGUAUCCUCAUCCAAUGAAAGCGUACUGAGAGGAACAGUAUUGAAGAUCACCGUGAAUUACAAAUCAGUAUUGUUCAUGUCCAUGUCCAUUAAAAUGCCUUCCAAAUGCUCUGUAUUAAAACCUUACAGUUGGACUAACCAGAAAUUAAUCUUGUAACCAGAAAUGAGGUGAAAAUUAUUUGUAAUACAGUUUUGAUGCAGUUUUGAUGCUAUACAGUUCAGUUUACAUUAGUGAAGCUAAAAACACAAGUGAAUGGCUGUAAAGUAAUAUUUUGAAAACCUGUAAAUAAAUUAUGCUAUGCAAUUUU